AUGGUCUUCGAAUCACUAGAACGUCUUGGCAGCAAGGCAGACCGCGUUCUGCUAUAUCCAGAGCAAUGGGAUUUGCAGGACGAGUCUCCGCAAGAUCGAAACAGCCAGCUUUUGAUCCGCGCGCAGAAACUCUACAAGGUGAAGCUGAAGCCAGUCACUGUGCUGAGCCCUGACGGCAAAGCAGAGCCAGGAACCCUGAAUGCUCCCAGCACAUGGGACACGUCGAUUACUAAACUUCGUGCCUUUGAGCUGUACGAGUACGAUCGGGUGUUACAUCUGGAUAGCGACAUAACGUUACUCAAAAACCUGGACGAGUUGUUCCUGCUCCCAUCGACACCAAUAGCUAUGCCGCGAGCGUACUGGACCGACGGACCUGCCAGGRAGCGACCACUCACGAGCUUACUUAUGUUGAUUGAACCCAAUCCGCUCGAGCUGCAGAAUUUCAUGGACAUACUAAUGUCUUGGAAGCUUCAGCCUGGAUUCCAGAGCGGGCGCAACUACGACAUGGACCUCUUGAACCACAGGUUUGGUGCUUCAGCCAUGGUCUUGCCGCAUCGUAAGUAUGCUCUGCUCAGCGCGGAAUUCAGGAACAAAGAUCACUCGGCAUAUCUUGGCACCGUCAAUGGGCCUAGGUCUCGCCACUCCAAGUAUGACUGGAACGCGGACAGGAUCAUCAACGAAGCAAGCCUGGUACAUUUCAGCGAUUGGCCUCUGCCCAAGCCUUGGAUCAUGUGGCCUCAUGAGGGACUGGCCGAGAUGCAGCCUGAUUGUGGGGGUGAGACGUCUGGAAGCUGUGCAGAACGCGAUAUCUGGAAGGGGCUCUAUACGAACUUUAGGAAGAAACGAAAGGACCUCUGCAGAAUAUUGAGCGUGCCGGCGCCAAAGUGGGAAAGCAUGAAGAACAAGACAAUUUCGACCUGA